AUGGCGUACCCGCCAGGACGUUUCAGUUCGCCACUGGAUGCGUUCGACUAUCAACGUCGUAAGUCAUGCUGGUUGGCGGCCGUCGCACACGCCGAGCUGUUGCCCAAGCUGACAAUGAGGUUCCUCUACGUAGUCGCGAGUUCCGAACGAGGACUCGAAUAUGGAGGCGCAACAUCAUCUUCAUUCUCAUCCCACCUUCCGAGAGCUUUACGAAUACCCAUCGUCCGAUACCUCCUCGUGGGCUUGCUCGCACUGGUCGGAUUGCACUGGCUCGCACUGUUCAUGUCCCCGAGCUACGCCGCCAGCGCCUCCCUCGAAGCCAUCGCAUUCAAAAGUGGUCUAGGAUCAGAUGGCUCCCCUUCAUCAUGGCAUGACUCUUCGACAACAAAUCUAGAUGACUUGACAAGUGUCGGCGGUACCGGACUCGCGCCGUUUGAGCCGCUUGACCCCGAUCCCAAUGCGAUCAAUGCGACCAACAAAGCUCGCGCGGCGUUCGUUAUCCUCGCUCGCAACUCGGAUCUAUGGAAGAUUGUAGGCAGCAUCCGACAGACUGAAGGUGUGUUCGACGCUCUUUCCUUUUUGAGAGCAAUGAAGCCAUCCUUCGUUCCUAGCACUAGAUUUGCUGACAGUCGACCAUCACUUUCCUUUCGAGCAGAUCGGUUCAACAAAAACUUCCACUAUCCCUACGUGUUCCUCAACAAUGAGCCCUUCACAGACGAAUUCAAGAAAUUUACCUCGCUCCUCGCAAGUGGGACAUGUAGCUAUGGUCAGGUUCCGAGCGAUCAGUGGGCGAAUGAGCCGAGUUGGAUUGAUCAGACGAAAGCGGCCAAGGCGCGUCAGGCGAUGGUUGAGAAGAAGAUCCUCUACGGUGGCAGUCAAUCGUAUCGACGGAUGUGCAGGUAAGCCAUCUUUUCACUUUACUGCCCGCCAAUUGUCUCGUCCUCACCUCCCGGUCAUUGUCCUGUCGCAGGUAUCAAAGUGGGUUCUUCUGGCGGCACCCCCUGUUGGACCAGUACGAUUAUUAUUGGAGGAUCGAGCCGGGCGUCAAGUUCUUGUCAGUCAAGUCUUCAAAUCGGAUCACGGAAAUCGCGCCUUGGACAUGUGUCUGACGCUUGGGAUACGUAUCACUUCCGCAGCUGCGAUUUGGCGUACGAUCCGUUCGUCUUCAUGCGCGACAGCGGCAAGAAGUACGGGUGGGCGAUCUCCAUCUACGAGUAUGCGGAGACAAUACCUUCGCUUUGGUCAGAGACUCAAGGUGAACCGCUAUCCUGUUCAUUGCAAAAGCUUGGGGCUAGCUGAAUCUUCCUAUGGAUGGUGUAUGGGCAAACAUAGACUUCAUCCACAAGAACCAACACCUGAUCGCCCCGAACAACCUCAUCGACUGGAUCUCCGACGAUUUGGGCAAGACGUACAACCUGUGUCAUUUCUGGGUACGCUGUGUCCGUGCGAGACAAUUGUACACGAUAAUAAUGACACUUAAGACCCCUUUGUGCCCUUAUACAGUCCAACUUCGGUCCGUUUUCACUUCGUGCCAGCCCACAGUUCCGGGCGAGACGAGACUGACCCCUUUCCCUUUGACAUCGAUCCUAGAAAUUGGCGACCUGAACUUCUUCCGAGGCGAGGCCUAUCGAGCCUACUUCGAUCAUCUGGAUCGCUCUGGAGGGUUCUUUUACGAGCGGUGAGUGUUGCCUGGAUUCAGUUUGUUGGUGGGAUCUCACCUAAUCGAUCAUCUUGCGCGCACAGAUGGGGCGACGCACCUGUGCAUUCGAUCGCCGCGGCGCUGUUCCUGAAUCAAACCGAAGUGCACUGGUUCAAAGAUAUCGGCGUGAGUGCAAGACGGAGAUCGGAAUCUGUUAGCGGUUUCUGGUUCCUAAAAAGUCAUUCGCUGCGUAGUAUCGUCACGAGCCCUUCCAACAUUGCCCUGCCGAUCCGGCGGAGCGCGAUCGAUGCUCUUGCAAUCCGUGAGUUGGCGGUCCUCCCAGAACGAAGGAACGCGAGCUUCCGACUGACGACGACUUGGUUUGCUCCCCGAUCAGUGCCGACACAUUCGGUCCGUCUUUUACGCUAUGGCUUUCAUGCGGUGUCGGGAGAACGUUCUGGCUGAUACCCUCGUUUUCAAUCGAUUCUUUCCAGAAACGCAUUGGUACUCUUGCACUCAGAAAGGGAAAAGCAAAGGGUUCUGGACCUGA